GCGUAGUGACAGUGCCCCUUACCCUUGAAAACCGGAACACAGUAAUGCUGACAUUACUGCUUAGCGGCAGAAAUAAGUAGCAGAAUGGCAAAAAUGACCGUAAUUGCAAUAUAAGCAGUACAGCUCCUCAUGAAAGAGUUCGUCCAGGUAAACGAUUGAACUAUGGAAGGGCAAGCUCAAGCUCCACCAGCUCCAACUAUAAUAGGCCGGAAGGAAUCCACAGAUCCAGUAAAAGCGCAAGGAAUUUUGAAAGAGGUGUCUCGUAAAAACAAAACCGCGGCGCGCCUGUGGCCGCAGCGAUGGGAUUUCUACACACGGAUCCGAGAGAUUCAAGAAGAAGAAGCGUUAAAAAAGGGAUAUACGUUGGAAGAGUACAGAGCCGCUGUUCAAUCUCGAAGCUGCAAGCUUGAACCCACGACAUACCCCGUGGUGGUGGAUCCUUCGCCAUCGCCUAUUCCGCCCACGUCUUCUCGAAUGAUCGGGCGCCGUGCGCAGUGUCCCUUAGAGCGGUACGGGCUACUGGUGAUGACUCCGCGGGACUAUCCCACGCGGCCGCCGCUGCCGCCGGGACAGGUCUACGAUCCUUACAAGCAGACUAUGAUGUUCUUAGGAUCGGUGACAGGUGAUCCGAUAUCGUACAAGCUGCCACCGGUGACGAACGAGGUCACUGAUGAGAUGUGGACGAGGCCGAGGCACCUUGCUGUCGCGCAGUUCAACGAGGACGCUCUAAACAAAGCACUUCAAUCUUAUUAAAUGCUGAGUCUGCGUUUCACCAUUCUGAUGUCAACUCUAUCGUGCAGAGAGCCUGCCCAAAGUUCAACCCUACGACAGUCGAUUGCAUGUUCUUAUACUUACGUAAAAUACUUUUAAUAGAUAAGCUAAAACAAAGUAAUAAAUAUCAGAUAUGAGGUAGAGCACGUGAAACUUUAUUACAUUAAGAAUUCAAAUCUUAAUUUAAACAAUAUUUCAAAUUAAUAUACGAGUAUAUUGAAUAUUGUUUUAGUUCUUAAUUCAUUAGGCCGGUUUUUUUAUGAUAACUACUGACGGGACGAAUAAGAGCUAUGCCACACGGGCGUUGCGUCGUCGCAAACACUUUGAUUUCAACGUACUAACUUGCGCAACGUCAUAAGUCAUAACGCAAUGUCGUCGUCGCAACGCCGACGCAAAGCAUCGUGUGGCAUCGCUCUAAGUCUGGUGGUAAGCGACACGCCUGUCGAUAGCAGUUGCAGUGCAGAACUUUAAAAAUCACAAAGAUGUGAGGGGCACUGCUGCAGCAGCAGUGCCCCGCAUUGCCAUGACACGUGCAUUUUUUUAUGUAGAAAGAGUUAUACUUACCUAGGUAAGUCAUUGUCUAUACGUACCUAAGGUAGGUAUAUAAUUUGUUGAUUGUUGGCAGAGGAGUAAAUACCUAUUUUUUUCGGC